AUGGACAUUGGGGACAUUGGGGACGUUGGGGACAGGGCUGUCCCCACGCUGAUCGUCACUGUCCUGAGGGACGCCACUGGGGACGGGGACACCGGGGACAGGGAGGUGGCAACCCCGGGGGACACCUGGGACAGGGACACUGGGGAUGGGGACACCGGGGACAGGGACAUUGGGGACAUUGGGGACACUCCGGCCUUGGCCCUGCAGGACCUUGGGGACCGUGCUGUCACCUCCCCGGGGGACAUCGGGGACAGGGACAGGGGGGAUGGGGACAUUGUGGACGGUGACGUCACCACCCCGGGUGACAUUUGGGACAGGGACACUGGGGACGGUGACGUCGCUGCCGUGGGUGACAUCGGGGACGGGGACAGGGACAUUGGGGACAUUGGGGACAGCGCCGUCCCCGCCCCGGGGGACAUCGGGGCCGUCACCUGCCGGGCCGGGGGCGUCACCAUCACGGUGCUGGCCCCGCCCCCCGAGGAGGCGGAGCCUGGCGAUGACGUCAUCGCCUAUGACGUCACCGCUGCUGGGGAGGGCGGUGACGUCACCGAGGGGUGGGGCAGCCCCGCCCCUCCGCCCGCCGGUGACGUCACUGCUGACGUCAUUGCUGACAUCACCGAUGACGUCACCUCUGAUGUCACCUCUGAUGCCACCGGCGGCGAUGACGUCACUUCCUCUGUCCCGGAGGAAGUUCCCGCCGGUGACGUCAUCGCCGGUGGUGACGUCAUCACCCCCCGCCCCGCGAGUGGCGUCGCCGAUGACGUCAGUGCCUCGAGGAGUGACGUCAUCGGUGACGUCGUCGCCCCUGGGCGUGACCUCCUUGAUGACGUCAUCAUCGGCCCCGACCUCACCGGUGACAUCACAGCCAAGAGCGACUUCCCGCGGGACCUGGAUGACGUCACCGAUGACAUCAUCACCACAGGUGACGUCAUAACCCCCGACGUCGCUGAUGACAUCAUCAAGCAUGGCUUCCCCUGUGACGUCAUCAGCUGGGGUGACGUCACAGCGCCGCUCCCUGGGGGCGAUGACGUCACACCGGGCAAUGACAUCAUCGACUGUGCCAGCGUCGGUGACGUCAUCGCCGUCUGCUGUGUCCCUCCCCUUCCCGGGGAUGACGUCACCGAUGACGUCAUCCCUGGCGGGCGUCGUCUCGAUGAUGUCAUCCACGGGGGUGACCUCGCCGAUGACGUCACCGAGGACGACGAUGAUGACGUCACCUUCCCCGGCCUGGGGCUCCUCCCCGCUGAUGACGUCACCGCCGCCGAUGACGUCACUUCCUCCCUGGCGGGUGACGUCACCGGGGGCCUCGACGCCGCCUGGGACGACCUCGUCGAUGACGUCACCGCCGAUGAUGACGUCACUGCCGACGAUGACGUCACCGCCGACGAUGACAUCACGCCCUUCCUGCCCUUGGGCUGCCCCCCGGACCCUGACGAUGACGUCAGCGAUGACGUCACGGAUGACGUCGCCCAGGGGGCGGAGAAACCGCUGCUGGGCUCCGCCCCCUUCAGCCGCCGCCACGACGCCGGCGAUGACGUCAGCGAUGACGUCACAGAGGACGCGCCGCGAGGGGGCGGGGCAGGCGCCCCCCAGACGCCCCCCCCCCGGCUGCCCCCU